AUGGCCCCCUGGUUCCUGGGCUCUUCUUCCUUCACAGCAGGAUACCUGCCACUGCAGCAAGCGGCCGAGGCAGGCUUCCCACCACAGCAAGGGCAACGCUGUUGCAGGACUGCGGACACCGCUCUGCCCGGGGCCCGGCAGCACAGCCAAAGGACCGGCAGGAAGCCUCAGGCCAGGCGGGGGGGGCGGGGCGGGGCGGGGCUCGCCGCGCGCCCGCGCGUUCCGCCCCUCCGCAGCCCAGCGCGCGUGAAGCCCGCCCCGCUUCCGUCGCGUCCCUUCUGCCCGCCGCGCGCUCGACGUCCCGCAGCCGCUCCCAUUGGCCGCUUGUUUUACCGUGUGACGCGGCGCCGGGCGGCGAUUGGCCGCGGCGCUGAGACGGGCUGGAGGCGGGAGAGCUCGUCUGCGGAGAAGGGGGCGGGUUGCGAGGAACAGUCGUGCCGUUGCCGUGGUGACCGGGCAGCCGUGCCCGGAAAUGGGCGGGCGCCGGGAAGCGCCCAGGGAGCACCGGCGGCCGGUAGGAGCGGGCCCGGGAUGGCGGCCGGGGGCCCGGCGGGGGGAGCGCACAGCGUCUGCAUGGUGUCGGACUUCUUCUACCCCAACAUGGGGGGUGUGGAGAGCCACGUGUACCAGCUGUCGCAGUGCCUCAUCGAGCGGGGCCACAAGGUCCUGGUGGUCACCCAUGCCUACGGCCACCGGAAGGGCGUCCGCUACCUCACCAACGGGCUGAAAGUCUACUACUUGCCCCUGAAGGUAAUGUACAACCAGUCCACCGCAACAACGCUCUUCCACAGCCUGCCCCUGCUCAGGUACAUAUUUGUGCGGGAGAGGGUCACCAUCGUUCACGCCCACAGCUCCUUUUCUGCCAUGGCCCAUGACGCCCUUUUCCACGCCAAGACCAUGGGGCUGCGGACAGUGUUCACGGACCAUUCCCUUUUUGGGUUUGCGGAUGUCAGCUCGGUGCUUACCAACAAACUUCUGACAGUGUCCCUGUGCGAUACGAACCACAUCAUCUGUGUCUCCUACACGAGUAAGGAAAACACGGUGCUGCGAGCAGCUUUGGACCCUCGGAUAGUCUCUGUCAUCCCCAACGCUGUCGAUCCCACCGACUUCACUCCAGACCCGUCAAGGAGGGAUGACAGUACAAUAACAAUUGUUGUUGUCAGCAGACUUGUUUACAGAAAAGGUAUAGAUUUGCUUAGUGGUAUAAUUCCUGAGCUCUGUCAGAAAUAUCCUGCGUUACAUUUCUUAGUUGGAGGAGAAGGACCAAAACGAAUCAUACUGGAAGAAGUCCGGGAAAGAUACCAGCUACAUGACAGGGUACGUCUCCUAGGAGCCUUGGAACACCAGGAUGUUAGAAAUGUUCUAGUCCAGGGGCACAUUUUUCUCAACACUUCCCUCACUGAGGCCUUUUGUAUGGCAAUUGUGGAAGCAGCAAGCUGUGGUUUACAGGUGGUGAGUACAAGAGUUGGUGGGAUUCCUGAGGUGCUUCCAGAAGAUCUCAUUAUUUUAUGUGAACCCUCCGUGAAAUCUUUGUGUGAUGGAUUAGAAAAAGCUAUUGCCCAGCUCAGAUCACGAACACUACCAGCUCCAGAAACUGUUCAUAAUAAAGUAAAGACAUUUUAUACAUGGAGGAAUGUAGCAGAGAGAACUGAGAAAGUGUAUGACAGGGUUGCAGAUGAAGUGGUUUUACCAAUGGAUGAGCGACUUAACAGACUAAUGUCUCACUGUGGCCCAGUGACUGGGUACAUUUUUGCUCUUUUUGCUGUUCUGAACUUCCUUUUCUUGGUGUUUCUGCGGUGGAUGACUCCAGAUUCCAUUAUUGAUGUUGCAAUAGAUGCCACAGGACCUAAAGGUGCAUGGACUAAACAGUAUUUUUUGGGUAAAAAAGGAAGAGAUAAAGAAGAACUUCCAAGCUCCUAA